GAGGCCUACGCGCUUAAUGACUGAAUAGAUCGCCAAAGCUUGCGCUCAGGCUUAGACUUCGAAACUGGCUGACAGCGUUCUACUAUCAACUCAAGAUGCCUUGGUAUUUCUUUCCUAGCAGACGGGAAUUAACAAUCAUUCUUUUCUCAAUAACGACAUUUAUAUUCUUCUAUAACUUCCAGUCAACGUCCGAGCUUUCUGACACUCACCAAUCAACCUCAAGUCAAAGUUCGUUUUUUGGCGGUUUUCGAUUCGGCAAAGACAAACAGCCAGGGGAAGUUGGCGGGGACACUGACCCAUCGAGUAAAGACUUGGAAGCGGAGAUAUUUGGCGACUGGUCUUGGGAGGAUGAUAAACUUUCUGGAAGCGAGGAGAAGCAACGGGCUAAAGGAGGACCUGGCAAGCACAAGGCUAUAAAUCAGACUGAGCUGCUCGCGCAAAAACAAAAAAUAUUUGGAAAUGUCGGCUUGAGCGAUGGAUAUCAAUAUUGGGGAGACGAUGUUCCGAGGACUGAGGUAGUAAAACAUAUCCCAGGUUUUACAAUCCUCAACAACGUUAUUGUGGUCAAUGGGACGGUUUUCUUCGUUACUGAUCACUCGUCCUCUUUCCCUGCCCUCGAAUCUAUCGUUUCACCUACUGAACCUACAAAACUCCUAGACUGGCAAGUAUUGACUAUUGAACAGGCGCGGGCGAAACUUGGUGUAUUUGGUGGUGUCAUACGGGGCGUCAGCUGGCUCUCAACAGAUUCCGCACCUAGUAACUACACACUACUUUCACUCUGGCGCACGUACAGCUCUCUCGACUUGUCUAUCGGCUCUUCAGGGAAAACGAGUCUCCCUUCUCCGCGACGUCUAAUGUUCCCCAACAUCCCAACAUAUCAGGGUGAACGGCCAGAUCUCAACGGCCCCAUUAUAGUACGAGCACGUUCUUCUGUUGGUGUCCAUCCUUUCUUGUUGAAGACUGCAUUUCCAACACUUGGAAUGAUGUACCUGGAAGAUUGGCAAGACUUUGCGUUGAUGGAGGCUCCUUUUAUGAUGGAGCGCGUUAUCGUGGCGGACAAGGGUGCUGCGGAGCUCGCGAACAAAGAUGUACCUGCGUUCGCACUCCCGCUUACCCAGCUGGAAAGCUCUCAGUUCUGGUGGGAGCCGGUAAGGCAGGAAUUGGCGGGAUUCUUUGGAGCCAAUGAGGCACCGAGUGGACAAGGCAAGACUGUAGUCACGUAUAUCUCGCGCCAAAAUAACAAGAGUGGCCCCAAGCUGAAAGACGCAGACCAUCAAUCUUUAGACCAAGCAUUGCGACAAAUGGGUCACAAUAAAGGUUACGAAAUCAACAUAAUUUCUUCUGAAGCCCCCUGGAGCGAGCGGAUGGCUGCUAUCGUUCGAUCAACUGUUAUUGUGGGUGUUUAUGGCGAUAGUCUCGCGGAAAGUAUCUUCAUGUUGCCCUCCUCGUACUCGGUGGUCAUGGAGAUUUUCCCAUCUGGUGUGUUCUUUAGAGAUGAAGAACUCGCGGUUCAUUCUCUGGGAAUACGUUACGUUGCUUGGCAGAAUGAACGAAAAUUCAGCAGUAAUUCGCUUCCCCCUGUUACAGUUCCAGAUGAUAUGCACACUCGUGACAUCUCGAUAAAUCCCGCAGCUAUCAUAGAAGCUAUCGGUCAUGAAAUUUCGAAGUAGUCUUGAAAAUGACCCUCGUCAUUACCUUCGGUCACUACGGGUUCAACGUGUUUCGAGCGCCUUUUUUCGGGCAAGGCCGGGCCUUGCUAUUGUGGAGCUUUUCCUCCACGGUCUCAAAAAAAGGGGCCCUUUGAAUAAAACAGUACAUCAUGCUCGAGCUGAAUCUUUAGACAAAUCACUGCCAUCUAGACGGUGAAUCAUAGCUCCAACCGCCUGAUUGUCAGUGUCGAUUAUACCCUUCUGCGGUUUUUACACUUUUUUCGACGCAUUAUGGCACUAAUAUCACAUAUGUUCAAUAUCUUAUCAUAGACAUUGCUAUAACACCAUCUAUUCCCAUGGAACUCCGUA